UGAUAUAGUUCUGUCGUUCAGUCGGCAAUCAGCAGAAAUAGCGAUGAGUUCCCCGGUCAGCGAGUCCAAGCUCAAGGAGUACUACGAUGUGGCCAUGAAGCUGGUCCUCAAGUGUGGACCUCUGAUGCAGGAGGGCUACCAGAAGGCCAAGACGGACUACAAGGUCAAGGCGGACUUCUAUGAUUUGGUCACUGUUUAUGACAAACAAAUUGAGGAUAUCCUAACUGAAGGGUUGGUAGCCGCCUUUCCUGAAUCCCUAAUUAUUGGUGAAGAGGAGUCGGCAGCCUCGAAGCGGCAAGCGGAACUAACGGAUGCACCCACAUGGAUCAUAGAUCCCAUCGAUGGCACCACUAAUUUCAUCCACCGCAUACCCCACUGCUGUAUUUCCGUGGGCCUAGCCAUUAACAAGGAGCUGGUUGUAGGCAUCAUUUACAAUCCACCGGCAAAUGAACUUUUUUCCGCCUAUAAGGGACAUGGAGCCUACUUAAAUGGCCAGCCCAUCCACACAUCCAAAGUGACGAAGAUCAACCAGGCGGUGAUUGCAUACGAAAUCUCCCUGAUUCAUGCCGCUGGAGUGAGGGACAAGAAUGUGAAGAGACUAUACAAGAUGGCCUCAAAUGCCACGGGAACGCGGUGUUUUGGAAGUGCUGCCCUAACCCUUUGCUAUGUGGCUACGGGUCAGUGCGAUACCUAUCAUGUGGAGGAUCUGAAACCCUGGGACAUAGCUGCCGGAGCCAUAAUCCUGACCGAAGCCGGUGGAACUAUUUGCCAUACCAGCGGAUCUAAAUUCGAUGUGAUGAAACCGGAUUGCGUCUGUGCCGCCACGCCGGAGUUGGCCAAAAAUGUGAUUAGUCUUAUCGAAGAGGCUAACCAGAUUACAGAGUACACAUUCAAGUAAUGAUAGCAGUAACCAACCCAGUCAGUAUGUAAACUCAGUAUCUACAUUUAUCAUUUGUAAUUCAACUGUAAAAAUUAUAAUCGCUUGAGAUUAAACAAAAAUAUUCCAGUUUAUAAAAAAAACAAAUUUAACAAAA